UAUAUGUGCCAGUUCAGGAGCUCUCUGCUUUCUCAUUUUUCUAACACUGACAGUGACCAAUCUCCACAAUGGAAUAUGCGGACUGUGCCCCAGAUGGAUCAUGCGUAAGUGAAGGAGCAGGUAGUGGCAAAGGGAGGAUGAGAAUGAGAGGGCAAGAAAGGGAAUACAAAUCUAAGAACCUUCAAGCGGAGAGGCGGAGGAGGCAGAAACUCAGUGAUAGGCUCCUUGCUCUGCGGGCAUUAGUCCCUAUCAUCACAAAUAUGAAUAAAGCCACCAUUAUUGAGGAUGCCAUCACUUACAUUAAGGAACUUCAGAAGAAUGUGAAGGACCUCAGUGACCAGCUUCUUGAAAUGGAAGCAUCCUCUGAAGAGGAAGCAAAGCAGAGGAGCGAAACCAUUGAUGCUGCAGAAGAGAUGAACAAAUGUGGAAUCGAGGAAGAUGUUGAAGUGACUAAUAUAGAUGGGAAUAAAUUCUGGUUGAAGAUAGUAAUUCAGAAAAAGAGGAGUAGCUUCACAAAACUGGUAGAAGCCAUGAACUUUCUUGGCUUUGAAUUUACAGAUACCUCUGUUACUACCUCCAAAGGAGCAAUUCUUAUUACCGCAUGCGUGGAGGGAAUUUAUGGUGAGACCUUUGCAGCUGCAGAAACCAGGGAGUUGCUGCAGGAGAUUAUUAAAGGCAUAUAAGCAUCAUUGAUAAUUCAUUCUCUCUUGAUUAGUCUAGGUUAGUCUAUUUCUGACUACAGCUGCUGGCUAUUUCUCUGCUUUGAAGUCAUACCAAUGGGUCUGAUAAGUGAGAAACUAUAUGAAAUUUCUGCAUUUAAUGGAAUCUAAUGUAUGGAGAAAACCAUUUCAA